AAUCGUGCAAAAUGGUGCAUCGCAGAAGUCACUGCGUCACUAAAUACAGCUAGGUACGUACUGAUAUAUGGUACAGAAUUUGAUUCAGUUGAUCUGUUAAAUUUACGCUACCGUGGUUGAUUAUAGAAUAGUUUCCGAACAACAAGAGAAAGAACUGUAAAAUGAGCUGGAAGUGUAACUUACUGGGUGAUGAGUUGGUUUCCAAGAGUGGGAAUAUUAAGUCAGAUGAUUUGAAUCUCAACGGUGAAGAUGUUUUGGGACUAUACUUCAGUGCACACUGGUGUCCACCAUGCAAGCAAUUCACCCCCAAACUGGCGCAAUUUUACAACAAAGUAAAUGCUGGAGGAGGAAAAAAGUUUGAAGUGAUCUUUGUCAGUCUGGAUAGAGAUGAGAAAACGUUCAAUGGAUAUUAUAACGACAUGCCUUGGCAUGCGAUUCCCUUCAGUAGUGAUUUAAGGAACGAACUGGCUGGAAAAUACGGAGUGAAAGGAAUUCCAAGUUUGCUUUUAUUCGAUUCUGAAGGAAACCAGAUUAAAACUAAGUCUGGUGCGAGACAGAUGGUUCUGACUGACCCAGAUGGUGAAGGGUUUCCAUGGAAAGUAUAGCAAGUGGCCCCAAUCGUCACUUUAAACAUACAAUGUUCUUUAUACCUAUAUAUAAUUAGUACAUUUGUUUUGGUUUACACACUCAUUAGCACUUGCUUAAAAUACUGCACUAACAAAUCAUUUUGUUCUACUCAUCAUUAAACGCAAUAUUAGAAAUGUGA